AUGUUGCUCAGACAUCAGUUGGAUAAAGCCAUGAGUUCACCUAGAUCUUCUACGCGGGAACGAAAUCGACUGAGAAGUGAAUUGAGCCAAGCUUAUUCAGAAGAAGAGGCUUAUUGGAAGCAAAAAAGCAGAAAUAAUUGGCUUCAAUCAGGUGAUAGGAAUACAAAGUUUUUCCACUCGGUAACAAAAACAAGACGCAUCCGCAACAAUUUGGCUUCUAUUAUGGAUGAUAAUGGAGCUCUUCACAGAGGGGACAAGAAUAUUGGUUCUGUGGCUGAACAAUAUUUUCAAAAGUUGUUUUCGUCUGAAGCUGGAAAUACAGAGUUGUAUGAGAAAGUGUUUGAUGGGUUUCAAGAGAGAGUUUCAUCAGAGGUUAAUAGAGACUUAACAAGGCCAGUGACAAUACCAGAAAUUGAAGAAGCAGUUUUUGCUAUUGGACCACAUCGAGCACCAGGACCCGACGGAUUUUCUGGAGCCUUUUUCCACCAGUUUUGGGGCAGUAUCAAGCAAACGAUAAUUAAGGAGAUCCAACUCUUCUUCGAGUGUGGAAUUUUGGAUCCGAUACACAAUCAAACUAAUAUUUGUUUGAUUCCAAAAGUCUCUCCUCCAUCUUCCAUGACUGAUUUUCGGCCUAUAUCUUUGUGCAACGUAAGUUAUAAGAUCAUCUCCAAGAUUUUGGUAGGCAGGCUCAAACGGCAUCUCUCUGGUAUAAUCUCUGAGAACCAAGCAACGUUCAUACCGGGACGCAUGAUCACUGACAAUGUGAUUAUAGCCCAUGAGAUGUAUUAUGCUUUGAAAUCAAGGAAGCGACAAGCUAAAUCUUACAUGGCCCUGAAGACGGAUAUGACAAAGCUUAUGAUAGGCUUGAAUGGAGUUUUUUGGAAACUACAAUGA